AUGGCCAGUGGGGAUGCUGAGCCGAGGAACUGUGUGGUCUGUGGGGACCGGGCCAUGGGCUAUCACUUCCAUGCCCUGACUUAUGAGGGCUGCAAGGGUUUCUUCAGACGGACAGUUGGCAAAAGCACAGUCUCACCUACCUUUCCUGGGAGCUGUAAGGUCAACAAGGCCCAGAGGCACCACUGCCUGGCCUGCAGGCUGCAGAAGUGCCUGGGUGCUGGCAUGAGGAAGGACGGAGUCAUGGUCAUGUCUGCAGAAGCCCUGGCGUCAUGGUGAGCAAAGCAGGCCCAGCACCAAGCACAGCAAGCACCUGAGCAGCUGAGCAAGAAACAGAGCUAGCCCAGCCAGGCGCUGCUCAGCGACCAUCCUGGGGCCCACGCCCGCCACGUGGGUACCAUGUUCGACCAGUUUGUGCAGUUCAGGCCUCCAGCCCAGCUGUUCACCCACCACUGGUGCUUGCCCACCCUGCCCGUGCUGCCUCUGCUCACACACUUCGCAGACAUCAACACAUUCAUGGCACAGCAAAUCAUCAAGUUCACCAAGGACCUGCCCCUCUUCUGGGCCCUAACCAUGGAGGACCAGAUCUCCCUUCUCAAGGGAGCAGCUAUCAAAAUCUGUCACAUCACACUCAGCACCACUUUCUGUCUCCAAACACAGAGCUUCCUCUGUGGGCCUCUUUGCUACACAAUAGAAGAUGGAGCUCAUGACUGGCCUAGGGUUACCCAGAGGGAGGAGAUGGCACUGGCUCUGCAGAGCUACAUCAAAGGCCAGCGGCCAGGGCCCCGGGAUUGAUUUCUGUAUGCGAAGCUGCUAGGCCUGCUGGCUGAGCUCUGGAGCAUUAACAAUGCGUACGGACCCCAAAUCCAGCACAUCCAGGGGCUGUCUGCCAUGAUGCCUCUGCUCCAGGAGAUCUGCAGCUGA